CCGAGGAAUAUUAGCCAUGCGUCCGGUUGGCGCUAUUACACAUUCUUUGGUAAUGAUAAAAAUUACCUUUUUCAGACAUAUUAACAGUGAUUUAACGUGAGAAAGUGAGUGUUUAAGUGACAUGUCAAUACAGUGUUAAUGUGUGCUUCUUGUUCGAGUGGCGACAUGCGAAGAGUUUAUUAAAUUUGUAGAUUUUGCUUUUGGCGGUUGAUCCAGGUUCGAAAGGGCAUUGACGUUGUUUCAUUGAGAGAAGAUAUGAUCUUGACGACAAGUUGAAAAUUAUUUCCGACAUUUCUGGGAUUUCAAUUAUUCUAGUCCAUAGUUGUCAAUGAAAUCAUGAUUCUGGAAAAGGAAAGAACUUCAAUGAAGAAGACGAGUGUCCCACAGUCACAGGUUUCCACAAUAUCAGAAAAUGAUUCUAAAAUGACUUCCAACGUUCAAAAACAACAAAAAAAAGUUGACUCACUGCCUUUUGAAUGUGCUUAUCGCGGCGAAGGAAAUGCCAAUCUCGUCAUUGCCGUACCAUCCGAACACAGCGUAAUUCGUUUCCGGAAAUGUGACUCCGGAAAUUAUUCUUCUGACGGCGGUUUGUUUCGAGUCAACAGGGAAAGAGAUUUCAUAAAAAUCAUUCUAUCGCCUUUCCUUCAACCGUACUUGAAUGUACCAGAAAUUUUUCGUUUUAGACGAACAGAAUUGGACGAUUUUUCCAAAAUGAUAUACUCGCUACGACCAGAACAACGACGAUUUAAACAAGCUGUUGAAGAAUACGCCGCGAAAUUUCCUGAUCACGCUUUCCUUCCGGAAUUUUUGAAUUGUUGUGAACAAAAUUCAGGGCGCAACAAAUCAACAUUUUGCGUGGAAAUUAAACCAAAACAGGGCUUUGUGUCGAAAGCUGAUCAACAUUUCCCAAAGUGUCCUUAUUGCCUGACACAAUAUCACAAACUGUCAAAAAAAUCGAUUUCAAGACGAAGCAGCUAUUGUCCUUUCGACCUAUUUUCGGGUGAGAGCAAUCGGAUGCGCCGAGCUUUAAAAGGUCUUCUUCAAAACCCUCAAAACAACCUAAAAAUAUUUAAAGACGGAGUCGUGGUUUACAAUGAAAACUCAGAAGCUAGUGAUCUCAAGAAUAUUUUUAAGGAAUGGUUUCCGAACACUACCGAAUCGUCAAACAAUCAAGACGAAUAUUUGGACCUUUUCUGUACCUUGGUACAAGAAGCUCUUUUACGAGAGUUUCCUAACGGGAAUCGGGAUUUGAAUCGAAAUUCAAUGGCGUUCGACAUAAGUCAGGAUAUUCAAGUUCCCUCACGUUUAAAUUCGGAAAUCGUAGCCAAGGCUAAGAAGAUGCUGUACUUUACAAAUGAGAAAUGUGACUUUACAAAAACUGACCUGCCCCAGGGAUCUGUCUUGAAUCGAAUUCUUGAGAUGCAACAACUGCAUUGCUGUGGAGAUGAUAUUAUUUCUUGGAUCUAUUCCAAAUACUCGCCGAUUCUUGACGACGAAAUCAUCUAUUCCAGUCUAAUUAAUUGUACAAUUGUACAACCUUUUUCUAUUUUCAACAAUUAUAUGAAUUGUUCAAUAAACGACGAAUAUGACUAUUCCAAAAGAGAUGCAAACGAAAAAGAGCUUCCAAAUUCUAAAAAGAAAUCAAUUCUUCUUCUACGCCAAGAAAAAACUUGUGAUCGAAAUGAACGACAAACAUUGGGAAAAUUUACUGUCCAGAACAAUAGAUUAUUAGAUGAAUUAUCUGCUGAAAAAGAAAUUGUUCUUCUUGAAAACUACUUACUUUUCUGUACAGCCAGGGAUUGUUCCAUUUUAAUCGCUUUUCAAGAAUUUCAUUCGAAUGAAUGCAAUAACACUCAUGAUGACUACACGAUUCAAAUAUCGGAGGAAUUAAAAUUUUUGACAAGCGUUCGAAUUUCGGAUUUGGAUCCAAAAAGUGUUCAUUCUGUUGAGAAACAUCGUCAUCGCGAUGUACAAACCUUACAAUCUGUGAUUUCCAUAAUUGAAGAAGAACUUGUUCUUGAAAGUCAAGUUCAGUCUGUGAAUUCAAUUGAAAGGCAUUAAAUAUAGUGCAAAAACUAUUGUGAUAAACAAUGAUGAAGACUGAAAAUUAAUUGCGAAAAGAUUCCCAAUUUCUUUGUAUGUUAUAAUUAGAUAAUUAUAUUAUGUAUAUAUAUUUUAAACAAUUCUAGUCUCCUUGAUUUUUGUAAUUGGCUUAAAAAUAGAUUCUGUGCAUGCGUUUAACGAUGAUUUUUUUAAAAGUGAAAACUUAUUUUAUCAGUAUAAAUUUUAAACUAUUUAAUUUCAUUCAAAUUUUAUUUUCGACUAUUCUUUGUUCUUAGUAAUAUCAAGAUUAUGUAUUUUUUCAUUAUUUUAAAAAUAAUUAAAACUAAUGAAUAAAUAAAAAAAAAUUUUAUAAUUUUAA